CAUUUUAACUGAGCAACCAUAGUGACAGGAGCCGAAGCAGCAGCUCAGGUUGUCCCCGCUCCCCCUCCCCCUUCCCGUCUCCAGUUGACUUCCCGGGCCCCCUAAACUCCAGUCCCGGUCCCGCCAUGUCCCAGAAGCAAGAAGACGAGAACCCUGCGGAGGAGACCGGCGAGGAGAAGCAGGACACACAGGAGAAAGAAGGUAUUCUUCCUGAGAGAGCUGAGGAGGCAAAACUAAAGGCCAAAUAUCCAAGCCUAGGACAAAAGCCUGGAGGCUCCGACUUCCUCAUGAAGAGACUCCAGAAAGGGCAAAAGUACUUCGACUCAGGAGACUACAACAUGGCCAAAGCCAAGAUGAAGAAUAAGCAGCUGCCAAGUGCAGGGCCAGACAAGAACCUGGUGACUGGUGACCACAUCCCCACCCCACAGGACCUGCCCCAGAGGAAGUCCUCCCUCGUCACCAGCAAGCUCGCGGGCUCACAAAUCCUGACCGCCGGCCACUUGACCACUGAAGGUGACUGGCCAGCCCGUUGCUGUGGCGAGAUGAGUGGCCAAGUUGAAUGAUGCUGCCCGGGGCUCUGCCAGAUCCUGAGACGCUGCCCCCCUGGGUCCUGUGCUGGCUCCUGCCCCUCCCUGCUUUUGUAGCCAGGGGUCAGGAGGUGGCUCGGGUGCGGGCUGGAGAGGCAGAAGCCCCUGCCCGUUGGUGUCCCAGCGCGUGGAGCCCCUUGGGCUGAGCACCAAGACCUUGAACCUUUUUUGUUUUACCUUUUUUUCCAAAUAGCUGUUGGGAGAAAUCUCAGUGAAAUCCCAGGGGUGGGGUUGAGAGGGUGGGGUGGGAGAGUCGGGUGAAUAUGAGAUAGGGUUUGGAGAUGAUAAAACAUCCCUGGCUAUCCUCCUCCUUAACCAAGUGGUUGGCGUGGGCUCAGUGGAGGGGAGGAGGCUGAGCAGACUAACGGGUCUAAUUCAGACAAAUGCCUUGUGUGGUUGUGGCUGGAGACCUGGUGUCAGAUAAAAGCAACUGUUGAUCUACAGAUGACAGAUGCAAACAGCUUCUCUGAUUCUGCAGAGCAAGCUGAAAGCUCAGUGUUAAUUAUUCAUUAAACAAAAAAACUGUCCUUGAACUAGAUUUGUUACCGGGGAAAGGGGCACUGAGCGUGGGGGAGAGGAACCAUGAGCGUGGGGAGCCCCACAGAGCCCAGGGACUUUUUCAGUAUUUGAAAUAAAAAAAAAAAAAAGACCCAUGAAAAAACCCAACC